CCUAAUUAAACAGUUAUCAGCAAUAUGUUUCGAACUACAACAUUACUAAAGCUUGUUUCGUUCCGUCCUUCCCGUUUUAUUUCGAGCGCCUCAAAUAAACCUGGAAAUUUAGACGGAAGAGUAGCAAUUGUCACCGCCGGAACAGAUGGAAUAGGUCUCGCAAUAGCAAAAAGACUCGGGCAGAAUGGAGCCAAUGUUGUUGUUAGCAGUCGAAAACAGGAGAAUGUUGAUCGUGCAGUUGAUGAAAUGAAGACACUCGGAUACAAGGCAUCCGGUGUCACUUGUCAUUUUGGAAAACCAGAGGACAGGAAAAAGCUCGUCGAAUUCACAAUGAACGAAUAUGGCUCCAUAAACAUUCUUGUUUCAAACGCAGGCGUGAACCCACAUCCCUUCGACAUCAUGAAUACGCCUGAAAGUGUAAUUGAUAAGACCUUAGAACUUCACAUCAAGGCAAAUUUUCAAAUGAUUCAAGAAAUUACUCCGUUUAUGGCUAAGAGUGAUUAUCAGGGAUCUAUAGUACUCACAUCAAGUAUAGCAUCUUACGUCACUCACCUUUACCCUGGCAUCUACGGCAUUACGAAAGCUGCGGUGAACGCCAUGGCACGUGGAUUUAUGCCGGAUUUACAGAAAUUAAACAUCCGAAUAAAUUGCAUACCCAUCGGUGGAAUUGAAACAAAAUUUCUUCAAGAAGCUAAGAAAAAUUCGGAAGCAAAAGAAAUAUUCCUGAGCCAUUUGCCCAUGGGAAGAUUUGGGACGCCCGAGGAAUGUGCUGGACUUGCAGCGUUUUUAGCAUCGGACGACUCCAGCUAUAUUACUGGAGAAAAUUUUGUUAUCGCUGGCGGUGUUUACACGAGGCCUUAAUUAAGGUAAAUAAGUGAACAUCACUAGAUAAGCUCAAAACACGCAAAAUGUUCGAAAGCAUGAAAUGCUGUUUUAUAGGACUUAAGAUAUGGUAUAUAUAUGUGAUAGUAGAAUAUAAGAACUUUUUCUGACGAAUAAAUGAUUUAAUUUUUUUUUAAUUUUUUGCUUUAAACAGUACCAAACAAUACAAAAUGUUGAAUAUCUAAAUCAUUAAAGUAGGUAUAUUAGUAUAUACAAAUGCAGUGCCAGUAUUAUAGUACACGAUGAUUCAAUAUGUUCGUGAAUUCAUAUCGUCUUACAAAAGUUUAACAGAAAAGUAAUAUCAUAUCCACGUAAAUAGUUUUUAAACAUGUAGUGGAUUGAUACUAUUGAUAGAUAUGCUCAAUUAUGGGACAUGAAACGUACAUAUGGAUGGUUUUGUUAUUAUUAUGUUGUUGUUUUUCUUCAUUUCCUUGUUAGCAUUUUUUUGUUUUGAAAAAAUCGCAUUUCUCAUUAACCUCAGGACCAAUUGCUUUCAAAUUUUUAGUGAUUAAAGAUUGUACAUUUCGCUAGAAGGCUAUCACUUUUAUUUUUAUUUUUGUGGGUUCUAUGGGAUUCGUUUUUUGUGUGCGAUGCCGCCAUCAAAUUCAAAAAGUGCGCAUCUUAUGUCCAUAGUCUACUGUGAUAGAUUGCAUACCCGUACUAUCUUAUUUUGGCUUUCGUGUCCAUAUAUUUGAGCAUUGCUGUGUUUUCUGUGAAACUAUUUUUCCUAUUCUUUUUAUGGGAUCCAUCAGAUUGUUAUUUUAUUUCACCUGGUCGCUGAUUUUUUUAAAUUUCAGCAACAAACAGAUUUUACGCGAGUUGAAUUCAAGUGGCUGCUUUACACUAUAAUCCAUGUAUAUUUAUAAUUUCCAAUUUAUGAAAUAAGAAACAUUCAAAUUGUACAAAUGUUUGAUUUCAAAAUCACUGCAUGCAAUAUAACGCACCAAUAUGAAGUUCUCUUCAGUUUCUGCUUCUACAGCCAUGCUAAAUGAUCCAUAUCAUGGUUUAUUUUGUGCGAAAUAUAUAUAAUUAACAUUUCCAGUAAAUUAAAAGUUGACAAUAUCGGGCAUAAAUAAAAUGAAUCUUGUAUCACUAGUU